AUGUCCAACAACAUGCACAAGAACGAGGGGUCUAUCCCUGCAAUAGCAAGCACGUUGGAUCGUAAAUAUGCGGUCCACAUAUUUCCGGAGCAAUUGCAGCCAUUUCGUUCAGGAAUACUUGCAUAUGGCGCAUCUCUAGCGUCAACAUUGGUGGGAUACCCACUUGACACCAUGAAAGUGAGGAUGCAAACGCACAGCUAUUUCAAAGGGUAUCUAGAUUGUGCCAAAAGGACGUACUUGGCUGAAGGAGUGAGGGGUUUUUUCCGAGGUGUGUGGGCUCCACUUAUAUCGACAUCCUUUUCCAAAUCCAUCAAUGUGUCGAUUUACUCCUACUGCAAGCCACAUGUUUAUACGGCAAUGUUUGAAAAUAAACGGUAUGGCAAAGUACUACAGGAACAUCCAUUUAUGAGGAACUUACCAGUAUGUUUUGUUUCCGGCUGGCUUGCUGGUGGUGGAGUCAGUUUAUUUGCAUGUCCUUUUGAAUUUAUCAAGGUAUACUCCCAGUUGGAGAAACUUGUUACUACUAAUUCGUCAUUAGGAAGUAUCAAGACAAGGAUACAGACGCCAUCUACACUUCAAAUCACCAAUGCAAUAAUCAAAUCGGAAGGAUUGCGAGGACUCUAUUCUGGAUUUAAAUUGCAUUUUCUCAGGGAUUCUUUAUCCACCGCAGUGUAUUUCAGCUUAUACGAGCUGAUUAAACUAUUUACCAAUGAUUUAACCAACAAAAAUGCCUCAACUACUUCUCCGUUUGCGGUGUUGCUAUCGGGGGGACUUUCAGGUGUCCUUAGCUGGAUCAUCAUUUUCCCAAUAGAUACAGCAAAGUCAUUAGUACAAAAAGCUGCCGUGAUUAGUAUAUUUAGAAAACUGCACGGCUUAUCCCAAGCACCAGCAGAAUCGUAUAAAAAGAAGGACGGUUGGUUCUAUCGUGGCUUGGGUAUUUCAAUAACUAGGUCAUUUUUGACAAACAUGGUGUUUUUUGGGGUGUUUGAAUUUGGCAUGGCCUAUCUAGCUUAG